CUGGCUGGACAGCGGGCAUUGCGGGUCACCAGGCAUCAGGUCAUUUGGCUCGACAGCGGGCACCGCGUCAUCUGGCAAGGCAGUGGGCUCCGAGUCAACUGGUAUGACCGCGGGCACUGGGUCAUUUGGCUCAACAGCGGGCACCUGCAGCUGUCAUCUGGCAAGACAGUGGGCACCAAGCCACCAGGCACGACAGCGGGCACCGGGGUCAUCAGGUACCGGAUUGUCUGGCUCGACAGCGGGCAUCGGGUCAUCAGGUAUGACAGCGGGCACUGGGUCUACCAGGCAUCAGGUCAUUUGGCUUGCCAGCGGGCACCGCGUCAUCUGGCAAGGCAGUGGGCACCGGGUCACCAGGCAUUGGAUCGUCUGGCUCGACAGCGGGCAUCGGGUCACAGGCAUCAGGUCAUUACUGGCUCGCCAGCGGGCACCGCGUCAUCUGGCAAGGCAGUAUCAUCUGGAUGGAUCAGUUCAUCAUGCUGGGUAGAGGCAUCAGGCUGAGUGGAAGGGCAUCAGGCUGAGUGGAGGCAUCAGGCUGAGUAGAGGCAUCAGGCUGAGUAGAGGCAUCAGGCUGAAGACAGGCAUCAGGCUGGGUACAGGCAUCAGGCUGGGUACAGACCUCAGGCUGAAGUGCAGACGGCAGGCUCACCGGUUUGGAUACUGACAGGAUGGUACUGGUUGGAAAGAAUUUUCGCUUUUUUCUGGUUUUAAAACUACUGGAGCACUGCAAGUAAACGCAGGUCUGCAAACUAAUGGAGCAGCUGGAGACAGAGAAGAGCUGGAGGAUGGAACAGGGAGAGGAACAGUUGCUACAGAGGGCUUUUUUACAGGGUUAAAGGCAGGAUAGGGUGCAGCGAGUGGGAACAGGGUACUGACAUGCGGUAGAUAG